UAAAAACAUCUAUCUAUCCUUUAAUACCCAGUACAAACUGUCAAAGCAUUAAAGUUCUUAAUAAAAUGGAGCGCACAAUGCUUUUUAAAAUUAUUUUGUUGUUAAUAGCGCUUGAGUACAACCGGGUAUUAGGAAUAGGCCUCCAGACCUUGAUCCUCGAGGCGCACAAUCGUCGGAGGGCGAAGUACGGAAAUCAACCACUGACCCUGGACGAUAAGCUGAGCCAGGAGUGUAAAACAUACGCAGAGAAAUUAGUUAAGGAGGGAUACGGGAGCAUUUGCGAUGCCAAUUUCGUUGAUGUGUGCAGCAGCACCCAUUCGAUCCUAGACGGAGGCGGCCCUAUUGGUGGCCGGUAUACCCAAAACGUAUGCGUUUUCCAUGAUGCCCUUCCCAGGGCUUGUGUUCGGGAUUGGUUCCACUACCGAGGCUACCGCAACAACAAGAAAUAUUACAAGUUCACGGCUAUGAUAUGGAAUGCCUCCACCCACCUUGGCGUUGGUCUGGCGAGAGUACAUGAUACGCGUUUCCUAGUGGUGAGGUAUGUGCCACCUGGAAACAUCCUUGCAGAAAUGGAAUUCAAUGUACCAAAGCGACUCACUCAUUUUUGGGAUAAGCCAGAGGAAUCGGUUGACGUUGACGACAGCCCCCAUAAAGAACGCACUACUACUGAUCCUAACUCCGGCUCCAGGGCUUUUUCCAACUGGAUUCUUAAAACGUACAUUAUACUGAAAAUGUCAUCCCUCCUAGGGAUUAUUUAGAGCAAACGCCACUUUCUCAUUAA